GACCAGCACUUGGAGCUAUUAACAACAGCAUUCUCUGAGAGGUUCCUUUCUCCAGGGUUGCUGAGCAAGGGGCCAGGGUAGAAGCUGGGACCACCUGGGAGAGGAGUCUAGGCCAAUCCAUCUGCAUUUCUCACACAGGGGACUGUCCACAUGAAGACCCUUCUGUUGUUGGCCUUGACCAUGGCCUUUGGCCUGCUGCAGACCCACGGGAGUUUGCUGGAUUUCCAGGAAAUGAUUUGGUUGGCGACAGGAAAGGAUGCUGUGUCCAGUUAUGGCUCCUAUGGUUGCUACUGUGGCUGGGGUGGCCGAGGAACCCCCAUCGAUGCAACGGAUCGAUGCUGCGCCAAACAUGACUGUUGCUACAGACGUCUGGAGAGGCGGAAAUGUGGCACCAAGUAUCUGAACUACAACUUUGCUUACCGAAAGGGCCAAAUCGUCUGUGGGAAGCAGGAUAGCUGUCGCAGGAAGCUGUGUGAAUGUGAUAAAGCAGCUGCCUCCUGUUUUGCGAGAAACCGGAAAACCUACAAGAAACAGUACCAAUACUACCCCAACCACAACUGCCGUGGGAGAGACCACCGGUGCUGAGGUCCCGCCCCUGGAAGUCUCACCACCCACGCUGAGCUUCCCUCUCUGGCCCCCACCCCUCCCCGCCCUGGCUCGUUCCUGGCAAAGAAGGAAACACCCCUCUCCCAUCCCAGAGACAAGCCAGGAGCCCCUCGACCCCCAGAGAGAAGCCUUCCUUUCAGAAUGAGAAGCCCCGAGGCAGGUGGCCUGGCGCCUUUUGCCCUUUUCCUUGGGAGGCAGUUGUCCCCGUCCCCACUGCUCUCCAAGUCCCGCUUCCUGCUUAGCCGUGGCGGCUACAUUCCCAGGGUCUCCUCUAAAUAAAGCAAUUAGUUCAUUGGCAAA